AUGGCGCGCCUACGCGUCGCAGCUGCCUUGACAUCCAUUCUCGUCGCCGUACUUGCAGCAGUCCUGUGGAAGUCAGGAGAGCAGCAUCAGAUCUUCGAUGUCCCGUCGGGAUUGGGAUUCGCGAAAUUCAGCUGGACGUCUUUUCGGCAAAGUAAACCGGACACGACUGCUGUGGUACUAAACUGGUCUCGACUUCCUAAUGUCGUCCGCAUCGCGUCGCUAUUGUGCGAACACUCCCUCGACGAUGCCAUUGCAUCCGACUUUGCCUUCACGGGAUGCCCUACUACGAAAUUGAAGAUUCAUAAUUCGCCUGAGAAUCUCUAUUUCCAGGCGCGGUUCCUGGCUUGUGCUCAGUCAACGACCGAGUUCUGUUUCAUACAGGACGACGACUACAUCGUAUGGCCAUCGGUUAUCCAGUCGCUACACGCUCGCAUAGCCAACUCAGAUGUUCGUGGCGUUCACUUGCUCCCUCCUCACGAACAUCUGUCGUCCACGCUACAAACCGUUGUCGCGCCGCCAAACAUUCACACCGACUUCGCUUGGCUGGGACACGGGGCCAUAAUCAGGAGGUCUGUGUGUACGGAGUUCCUGUCGCUUCUCGAGCACCUGAAAAUGGACGACGAGCAACGGAAGAUGGCCGAUAACUACUAUACGAUCCUCAGCAAUACAUUCACAGAGAAGUGGUUUGAUCAAGGGUACGAACUCGGUGGUGGGCAACCCUUCACGGUUGGUACGGAAGGCGAUCUGCGCAAUCAGAGACACAUCGCUAGUGCUACCCAGAUGCUCGAUCAACUCUUCGCGGGAGAGACGAGCCCGUGUGCGCGAGGUGUCCCCUACGUCGAUUGUUCGAACGAUGUUCAAGCCCCAAAGCUGAGCCACGCACCGUGUAAGGACACGGCUUGCCUAUUCCAGACCAAUAUUCAGCUCCUUCCGGCGAUCUCUGCGCAAGCUUCUCGUGCGGCGGAGCUGGCCAAGGUUGCACAAGACAGCGACGCUGCUCUAGGUACCCCAAUCUCCUCCGAGCCCACUCCAUGA